AACAAGGAUGUAGACUGCAGAGAUUUAUCAGUUUAAUUUGAAUCUUAUCCAUAUGUCAUAUUUAUUAGUCAACGAGCAGCUUCCCCUGACAUAAUCAUUUACGAUACAGAUCGCAAACAUAUCGCACUUUGGUUUGCUGGUUAAUACUGAUAACUUUUUAUGAUGCGGGUUUGUGAGCUAUUACUACACUCAAAUGGCGGCCUUCUGUUUCAAUCAGUCAUUAUUUACCUGUUAUUGCCGUCAUGUAAGUCAUAUUUUUUUUAGUAUUAUAUCUCAUCGCAGACAUCAUGUCAGGAUUUUUUGCUCAGCCUAGAUCCGUGUUUCGGUUGAGAUCAGUUGGGUAUAAGUAGAUCUUAUUAGGCCUAUAUCUAAUGUCGACGGUUUGUUUGUAUUUCCAGGUAUCUUUGCUGAAAAUAGAUUCGUGACAGUAGAUCAUGCUACAGCAAAAUUUGGUGAAAAUGCAACAAUGAAGUGUGCAUUCAAAAUUGGGCCUGAUGAUAAUUUAGUGAUUAUAAAGUGGUACAAAAGUAAUGUCAAUGGUGAAAAGGGUGAACAAAUAAUAUAUACUACUAAUGGAAGCACAAGAACCAACGGUAGAUACAGCUUAAGUGAUAAUGGAGACUUUAAGAUAUCUAAUGUUGAAAAAAAUGAUACAGGUUACUAUCUGUGUAGAGUAACUACACAUAAAGUGGACCUUGAAGAUUUAUCAAAUUUAACAGUCUACUAUAUUGAGACACCACAUUUGGUACCAAAACAGAGAAGUGUUAAUGAAAAUGAAACUAUGGCAUUCACAUGUCCUUUACCUGAUGGUUUUCCAACACCUAUAAAUAUCACAUGGAUCAAAGAUUGCAGCAUACUUGGCGUGUCUGAUAGUGAGAAGUAUCCCCAGUCAAAUACAACAUUAGAGAUCAGCAGAGUGAAUAAAAUGGAUGAAGGAGAUUAUCAAUGUCGAAUGGAGAAUGCAGCUUACAUUGGGGAUGAAGGAAAGCUAAGCAAUAAAGGGACAAUGUUAUUGCUUAAUUCUUCUCAAACAAAAGUCACAACACACAUUCGAACUUUGGAAUUUUCGACUCACAAUGCAACUUUACAGUCACGUUUCACAUCCACUUAUUCUACGAUUCCUACCAUUGCAACAAAGGAUAUAACGUCUACUGAAAUGGCAACUGCGUCAGCACCAACUAUUACACAUUACAAUGAAACCUCCCAUCUGGCAAAUACUGCGUCAAAUUUCAGAUCGACUACUGAACAAAAUACAAAGAUCACAACUCAGUCUAGAUCACCUAGGUCUACUUCAGUACCAAAUACUGUUGAUUAUGGACAUAAACACACUAUUACAAUGACUCAAACAAAUGCCACAACAGAAACACUGGCAGGUAAUACGGGAAAUCUUGAUACUUCUACAUUAACUAAUCGAACACCAAACACAACAACAACAACACAGAUUCCAAUCACCUCACCCACCCCUGUUACACAUUACAAUAAAACCUCCCAUCUGGCAAAUACUGCGUCAAAUUUCAGAUCGACUACUGAACAAAAUACAAAGAUCACAACUCAGUUUAGAUCACCUAGGUCUACUUCAUUACCAAAUACUGUUGAUUAUGGACAUAAACACACUAUUACAAUGACUCAAACAAAUGCCACAACAGAAACACUGGCAGGUAAUACAGGAAAUCUUGAUACUUCUACAUUAACUAAUCGAACACCAAACACAACAACAACAACACAGAUUCCAAUCACCUCACCUACCCUCAUUAAAUCUGCUAUACCAACGGGAGACGCCACAACGGUAAAGCCGGUAUUUCAUACAACAGAGCUACCAUCAACGAACAAUAUCAAAACCUCAGCAAUAACAAACGGUCUGAUCACGACAGAUUCUGGCAUUAGAAUACCAACUACGAUUUUGAGCACUGCAGAUUCCUAUAAGACUGUCUCAACACCAUUUAAUGAUGCUUCGGUUUCUAUAAAGUUUACGUCAUCGUCAAUAUAUACCAAGAAAACACCAAACGAUUCAGCAUCUACCGGACUACCAGGCACAACCAAACUUGAAACGGAUUACACUACUGAUUCAGACGGUUUAUCGACUUAUUCGGCUAUUACAACUCAGCCGAGAUUCACCACCUCAAAGAACACCGUAAUUUAUGAACAUAACACUACAACAGUUCUUGCUCAAAAUAGUUCUGAUAUUGCCACUACUACAACACCUCACAUUGCGACGACAAAUUCAAGUUCUGAACUCCUCACUGCCAGUGCGCCACAGUCUGACGUCACUACAACAAUUGUUACAACAGAGAAUGGAGAUACUGAGCAUACUACCACACAGAAUCAAGUCAGUACAUCACUUAGGCCUACUACGACACCACUCACAGUUGGCUAUGAACAUAACACUACUACAACAGCGACACGAACAAAUAUCACAACACACAUUCAAACUUCAGAAUUGUUGACACACAAUGCAACUUUACAGUCACGUUUCACAUCCACUUAUUCUACGAUACUUAACAUUGCAACAAAGGAUAUAACGUCUACUGAAACGGCAACUACAUCAGCACCAACUACCACACAUUACAAUAUAACCGCCGAUCUGCCAACAACUAAGUCAAUUAUCCAAUCUUCUACCGAAGAAUAUUCAAGGAUCACAACUCGGUCUAAAUUUUCUGCACAUGAGACAACAGUAGGUAACACUCCACCAACAAUCGUAUGCCCCAGUGACAUAUCAUCUACGGAUACUUCACCAGAUUGGGAAGUACCAAUCGCGAGUGAUGAUGAAUCACCACCACUUCCAGCGGUUAACUGCACAAACAAUCCGGGUGAUAAGUAUCCAAUUGGAUCAAUUACAAAAGUCACAUGCACUGCCAUAUAUUCUGUUGAACAAGAGGUUAGCUGCUCUUUUUAUAUAACUGUCGAAACUGUCUUAUCAGAGGAAAUUGCGAACCUUACUAAGAACGUUAAUGAUGAAAAUGUUGAAGAGGUAGCAAUAGAACUCGAAGAAAUUGCAGAGAAGGCAGAACUGAAACCAGCUGAUGUACAAGAAGUCUCAAAUGCAAUGGACACUAUUGUCAACAUUGAAUCACCAAACGAAAAUGUCACAAAUGCAAUCGUCGGUACAGUGGAUGCUGUAAUUGCCUCUGAUUUGUCAGAUAUACCACCUGAAACAACAGCUUUAAUCCUUGAGUCAUUCGAGCAGCAAAUUAGCACCGCCGCUACUGAUGGUCAGAAUUACACCCAGGAUGAAGAUACAGUGUCUGUGCGGACUUUAAGUUUUGAUUCAAAUCUUCAUUCUGAUGUUGUAUUCGUAGUAAAUGAAGGCAAGAAGCCUGACGUAUGUUUUGAUGAAGUAUGUUUAGUAAACGCCAAGAAUCAGUCUUUCACACUUCCGAAGGAUCUGCUAACAUCAUAUGAGGGCCGGACGAACAUCAGUUUUACUUCGUUUUACAACCCAAACCUGUUCCAGUCGGGUACAGCUGAACGGAAUCUCUCUAGUGUGAUUAUGUCAGCUACCAUUUAUAACAAAAGUCUUCCGCAGGUGUUCCAAAACCCAGUUGAACUGGUGUUCAAUGUACCAGAAUCCUACUCAAACAGCAAUGUUUCUUGUGUUUUCUGGAAUGCAACCUUAGAUGGAAAUGGUAAUUGGUCAAUUGAAGGCUGUGAACUUAUCGAUGCAGGCGAUGAGGGCAGUGUAACGUGUCAUUGUACACAUCUAACAAACUUUGCUGUCUUGUUUUUUCCUAAUGAAAUUCCGCCUGGAGUUGACAUAUUUCUAGAUUUGGUGACCUAUAUCGGCUGUGGAGUGUCAAUUGCAUGCUUGAUAUUGACUGUAGUCACUAUUCUUUCAAUACCUUCUCUACGAAAACGUCAGCCUCAGAAAAUCAUGGUGAGCCUGUGUGUGUCUCUGAUUUGUUUGUAUACCACGUUCAUUUUCGGCGUUGAUACAGCCAAUCCCGGAACAGCAGGAUGUAAAACGGUUGCUGUGUUGUUACACUACUUAUUGCUGACAUCUGUUGCUUGGACAGCCGUGGAAGCAACCAAUAUGUACCUUUACAUUAUACAGGUGUUCGACGCUAGGAAAUCGCAUUUUAUGUUGAUAUCAUCGACUUUAGCUUGGGGAUUGCCAUGUGUACCACCAAUUGUUCUAUUGUCAAUCGACAUAUCAUAUUAUAAUAACAAGAAAUAUUGUUACCUCAGUGCUACCGAAGUGGAGGUGUUCAUUUACGCUAUCAUUAUCCCAAUUGGAGUUGUCAUCCUCUGCAACUUUGUCAUAUUCGUACUCAUCAUCAAAAAGGUAUUCUUCUCAAGCUCAAUGAUGAAUGGACCACUUGAUAAAAAAGAGAAGAAGAAACGUUUGGUAAACGCCAUCGCCAUUUCUCUGCUGCUUGGCCUCACUUGGAUCUUCGGAUUUUUGUCUUUCGAAAACGCCGCUGACAUUGUGUUUCUCAUUCUGUUCUGUGUUUUUAACUCGUUUCAAGGCGUCGCCAUCUUCUACCUUUUCUGUUUAAGACAAAAAGAAUGCAAACAAGCUUGGAAGAAUUUGCUAGGCAUCAGCAAAGCGAAAUCCUCGUACGAGUUUAGUCUUACACGUAGUACAUUACACAGCAAAACUGCAAACGAUUCGUUAAGAUCAACUCCAAAAGAGCAGAAAAAAAAGAAAUUCACAUCAACUAAUGCAUUCAAAAGCCCUGCAUUUGAAAACACGGUUGAUGAAGAGGAUCGAAAUGAAUCAGACGAAUAGGCGAAGUAUGUCGCUUGGUAGAACAUGGGUUUAAUUAUGAUUAAUAUAGACCUACACAUUUUAUAUGUGAACGGUGAGUACCUAAUGUGUCUGUUAUAUACUGGGAUCCUUGUUUUAUGUUCAGUCCAUGAUAAAAUUGAUUUGAAGCAGACGAUUUAUAAUUUUGGUUUAUUAUGGUGUAAUAGUAGUACUUAGUAAAGCAGCAACCUCAUUUGUGUACGCUGCAUUUUCGUAAUGAAUAGAGGUGCACUGUAUCUUUUAAGAUUGACAGGUGCAUAUUUUUCUCAGUCAUCCAGAAUGUUCUUGCCUUUAUGCAUGUAAUUACGUCUUACAACAACGUAAUUACAACAAAGUAUAAUACAUACUCCAAGUAUUGAAAUACACGCCAUCGUGUUGGGAUUCAAUACUUCGACAUUAAUUAUGUCAUCAGGAAUGAAAAUUUAUCCAUAUUAGCAAGCU